ACCCUGGGGUCCCCUCCCAGUUGGGGACACGGUGCCCAGACCCUGGGGCCACUCCCAGUUAGGGACACGGUGCCCAGACUUGGCGGUCCCUUCUGUGUUGGGGACACGGUCCCCAGACCUUGGGGUCCCCUCCCAGUUGGGGACAUGGUCCCCAGACCCCGGUGUCCCUCCCAGUUGGGGACACGGUGCCCAGACCCCAGGGUCCCCUCCAUGUUGGGGACACAGUGCCCAGAGCUUGGGGUCCCCUCGUGUUGGGGACAUGGUACCCAGACCCUGGGGCCACUCCCAGUUGGGGACUCGGUGCCCAGACCUUGGGGUUCCCUCCGUGUUGGGGACACGGUGCCCAGACUUGGGGGUCCCCUUUGUUUUGGGGACACGGUGCCUGGACCUUGGGGUCCCCUCCCAGUUGGGGACACGGUGCCUGGCCUCAGGGUCCCCUCCGUGUUGGGGACAUGAUGCCCAGACCCCAGGGUCCCCUCAUGUUGGGGACACAGUGCCCAGAGCUUGGGGACCCCUCGUGUUGGGGACACGGUGCCCAGAGCUUGGGGUCCCCUCGUGUUGGGGACAUGGCGCUGUCCCCUCGCCUCCCCCCGCUCUCUGGGCAGGGUCCUCGCAGCCGCGCGUGCCCCUUGGGGACAUCGUGGCCGUGUCCCCACCCAGGCCCCGGCCACAAGAAGCGCAGCAAGAGCCCGCGGGUGCCCGAGCUGAAGAGGAAGAUGAAGGGGAAGAAGAUGGCACCGCUGAAAAUCAAGCUGGGCGUCAUCGGCGGCAAGCGCAAGAAGAGCAGCUCGAGCGAGGACGCCGGGGAGGCCGAGGAGGAGUCGGACGCCGAGAGCUCGAGCGUGCACAGCGCGUCCGCCCGCUCCGACCCCGCCGGCCGCAUCAAGAAGCUCAAGCGGGGCCGGCCCGGCCGCAAGAAGAAGAAGGGUGAGCGUCCCCGAGUGCCACCCACCCCCCCCNCUUG